CUGACAUUAUGGGGGUGGAGGUAGACACACUGACCAGAAUCACAUCACACUGGAAAUGGGAACUUGAAAAACAAUCUGGCUAUUAGUCAUGGAAGGAUGGAGUCCAUCAAAAGUUCAAUGUGAUGGUCUGAUCACAGAAGGAAGUAUAGUAAUUGUUGAGCUGGUUUCCAGCCUUUGAAACUGGCUACCAAUGAACCACAGUUUGAUGUGCACCUUUGAGGUCUGAACUGAGGUAACUAUGGCAGCUCAAAGGAUUCGCUCCACCAAUACAGGUGGACUUCCCCGAUGUAAAUCCGAAGGCACGUUAAUCGAUGUUGGUGACUGCUUCUCUGAGCUCAAUUUCAGUGAGGUCAAAGUGCCUUCUCCUAGUACGCUACGAUUAAACGCAUCUACAUCUUUUGGGGACGCGCGAGAGGUUGUGGCUAUUAAGGAUUACUGCCCUACUAAUUUCACCACACUCAAAUUUAACAAAGGAGACGUUCUAUACGUCUUGGAUACUUCUGGCCCUGAAUGGUGGUAUGCCCACAACAAUACAGAAAUGGGAUACAUUCCUGCUUCUUACGUACGGCCUGUCGACAAAAGCUCCUCUCUUCGAGAUAGUGGCAUGGUAGAUAACAUUGGUGAUAGUUCUGAUGAAGGAGUCAAAGAGAUGGAUUUACUUGGCGAUUGGGGAGACGUCUUUGACAAAAUGACCUCAAAUACCAAACAGAACAAUCCGUUUGUGAAUGGCUUUACGUCGUCCAACCCGUUUCUCAAUGGAAAUGCACAGAGCCCCAGUUCCAAAAGUGAUCAGGCACCUAAAUCAGAGGUGGAUCUACUGUUGUUUGAUCCAUUAGCACCACCUCUUGAUAGUUCAAAAAUAUUAACACCAAACAGUGAAAGUAAUAAUGUCAUUGAUAUAGACCCACUGAUCAGCUCAAAAGCGGAGUUUGAUCCGAUCCUGAGUCGGAACAAUCCUUUCUUCAGAAGCAAGCGAUCGUACAGUAUGUCUGAGCUGUCAGUCCUGCAAGCCAAGUCUGCAGGGCCUCCUCCCACUAGUUUCUUCAGCAAUAUGCAGUCUCCAGAACCCGAACAGUUCAGGAGCAGGGAGGACUUUCGAACAGCAUGGCUUAACCACAGGAAACUGGCACGUUCCUGUCACGAUCUAGACUCCCUUGGGCAAAGCCCUGGCUGGGGUCAGACUCAGCCUGUUGAGACAAAUAUUGUUUGUAAGCUGGACAGCACUGGUGGAGCAGUUCAGCUUCUGGACACCAAUAUUAGUAUUCAUGUUCCAGAAGGACACAUCUCCCCAGGAGAAACACAGCAAAUUUCCAUGAAAGCCCUGUUGGAUCCCCCAGUAGAGUUGAACAAUGACAAAUGUACAACUAUCAGCCCUGUCGUCGAGAUCAAAUUAAGCAACAUGGAAGUUAAAACAUUCCUCACCUUGGAGAUGAAGAUCUCUGCUGAGUUGAAAGAUAAUGUGUCAAGCAAGAAGGACGCCUGUAUAACCUGCUUGAGCAGUGACAGUAAAGAUGGGCCCUUCUUGCCAAUGUCUCAGGUGUAUCACUACGGUGACACGGUGCAGGUCCAGCUGGAGAGUCUGGAGCCUUGUAUGUACGUUGUUGUGGUGUCUCAGGCCAAGAUGUUGCAGUACCCUGCUACAGUGUGGGAAUACAUUAACAAAAAAAUCACGGUUGGUGUGUAUGGUCCCAAGCACAUUCAUCCUUCGUUCAAGAUGGUGGUGGCUAUCUUUGGGCAUGAUAGCACGCCCAAGUCCUUGCUAGUAAAUGAAGUGAGCCGAGAGCUUGUGAGUGCGCCACCUGUUGCUCUGCAGCUAUGGGGCAAGCACCAGUUUGUGUUGGAAAAGCCCCAGGACCUGAGGAUCAGCAUACACCCCAACAUCUCCAACUACGAGGUCAAGCCUUCCGACCAGGUUAAGGUUGUCCGCGGGUUCCAGGUGAAGCUGAGCAAGGUCAGCCGCCUGAUCUUCCCUGUUCACUCACGCGUCCCUGACGAGAUCUCCGAUUUCACCCUGAGGGUCCAGGUCAAAAAUGAUCAUGAGGUAAUAAUCACACAGUUCUGCGUGAGGACACCGCAGCCGCCUCCAAAGUCCGGGGUCCGAAGUAGCGGGCAGAGGAGGUUUCUGAAGAAGAAGGAAGUUGGCAAGAUUGUUCUUUCCCCUUUGGCCAUCACAAGUAAAUACCCCAUAUUUCAGGACCGCCAAGUAAACCAUCUGAAAUACGGGAAGCUGCUGAAGACUGUCGUGAGGCAGUGCAAAAACUACUAUCUGUUGGAGUACAAAAAGGGAGAUGUGAUUGCAUUACUAAGUGAAGAGAAGAUUAAGUUGAAAGGUCAUCUCCGAACAAAAGAGUGGUACACUGGGUUCUACCAAGGGAAGAUAGGGCUGGUGCAUGCUAAAAAUGUGUUAGUAGUUGGGAAAAUGAAGCCCAGCUACUUUCAGGGACCUGAUCUCACUACCUCUAUGCUCUUGGAGCAGAUCCUACGCCCCAGCAAGUUUCUCACUUACAUCUAUGCUUCUGUAAGGAUGACGCUCAUGGAGAAUAUCAGUAGCUGGAGAGCAUUUGCAGAUGCUCUGGGUUACAAAAACGUGCCUCUUGUGCACUUCUGCCGGACAGAGAUUGACAGUGAGCCGGAGCGAGUGGCAUCAGUACUGGAAAAGCUAAAGGAGGACUGCAAUGAUACAGAGAACAAGGAGAAGAAGUCCUUUCAGAAAGAGCUGAUGUCUGCCUUGUUGAAGAUGGACUGCCAGGGUCUGGUUGCCAGGCUCAUUCAGGAUUUUGUGUUGCUCACUACUGCUGUCGAGGUGGCCUCAAGGUGGAGAGAGCUAGCCGAGAAAUUGGCCAGAGUUUCCAAGCAACAGAUGGAUGCUUAUGAAGCUCCUCACAGGGACAAGAAUGGAGUGAUUGAAAAUGAGGCUAUGUGGAAACCAGCCUAUGACUUCCUACUGACAUGGAGUGCACAAGUUGGAGACAGCUACAGAGACGUGAUUCAAGAACUGCACAUGGGGCUGGACAAGAUGAAGCAUCCCAUCACAAAACGCUGGAAACACUUGACAGGAACCCUCAUCCUGGUCCACACUCUUGAUAUCCUCAGAGCAGCAGCCUUCAGUCCUCCUGAUCCAGACGACGUUGCUAAUUGAACUGUUCUUUCUCUCGCCCCUUCAGUGAAGACUCAGUGACAGCAGAAAGUAAGUUCAAGUCACUUGGCCUAAUUUCUCAUUAGUGCCAGACGGAAUUACCCAGCUUUGCAACGCUGGGGCUUCCUGUGUUGCAAAGAACAUCAAUUGUCAGUUUUAUGGCACAGUGUUCAAACUGUUACCAUGAAAGGCAAAACUCAGUCUGGCUCCUAAAACUUUUUUAAAAAGAGCCAAUGAAUGUUGGAAGUAAAGUCUGAGAGCUUGUUUUGCACAAAGUCAAUCAUGUUAUAUAUGGGAAGUGGAUAAAUCCUCCAGUGAGUUGUAAUACAGCUCUCCCCCGAUGACCAUCCCCCAACACCCUCCCCACUAACAAAGUGGUUUGACUCAUAAAGAACUUUUCAUCGUGCAAUAAUUCGUGCAGCUGGAGAUAUGGUAAACUCUUAACUUUUCAUGGCUGAUACCUGCUGUCUUGGAUGGUGAGAAGUCAGAAGCUACUCCAAAGCCUUCAAAUAAAAAUGCAGUAAAUCUGGAGCAAAACAAACCACACUAGUUCUGCCAAGUUGCGACAUACAAAUCAUUCUUCCAAUGGCCAUUGUUGUCAGACAGAAGAACGUGGGUGCAUGAGAGGUUUAUUUUCCCAUUUUAAAUAACUUGGUUAUUUGACAAAUUCCUUCCCAAUGACCCAGUCAAAAAGUUAUUAGAUGUUAUUAGCUUCUGCAGGUCUAUAUUUGAAAGACAGUUUCCAAAUGUGUUCCCCACAUUCAUUGCUAAUCAAAUGUUCACUAACUGGGGGCGACCUGUAGUCAAAACUCUAAUGAAGUUGCAUUAAUGGUUUUGAACUUGUAACAAUUGUGCUAUGGUGUAAGAAAGCUAAUCUUUUUAAAUGUGUCAAAGGACUGAGCAAUGUUCUAGAAUUGAUCUUCAGUCCACUUCCCAAGAAACUUCUUGAAUGUAGUUUUUAAGCUUUGUAAAUAUAGCAGAAGCCCUAACUACCUCAGGUACGUCUAACUUUGUACUUCACCUGCGUUAAAAAUGACAGCCCAGCUUUUAAACAUAUUAACUCACCCCCUCUCCCCCCUGCCCCUAAGGCAAUAGAAGUGUUUUUCACUGUCGUUAUAUCAUUCCAAGUGUUUGCCUUAAAGCUGUACUUUGGAGAGCUGCAAAGAGAAAAUUGGACAUGUUGAAACAUGUUUGCACUUUGAGCUGGGAAACUGGCCCCAGUUACUGCAUGUUUCAACACUGACAAACCACAUGCAGUGAUUAUUAACAAUCAAACCAAAUCCAUUCUGUAAUGCCAUCCAGAUAUUCAGUAAUUUCCAAUCUAAGGCGAUGAUUUUUAAGUAAACCAGCAUUGGGCUAAUGUGAGAUGAUUGAAAAUGCAGAUGGUCAGUAGGAGGGGUAGCAGGAAAACAAAGCAGCACAAUAUGAAAGGUUUUGUACUGCAGGUAUAUAACAGUGUAGGGUCCAAGUCUGUGCAUUUUAUGGACAGUGGCUGUCUAUCCCAUGCAGUUCCUCUUGCAAUACAACUGGUACUGGAUUCCAGAAGCAACCAGGUUUCAUUUUAUCAACAAAUAAUCCUGGAAAUCAUAACGUGUACCUAUAUUCCUUGGUGAUCCUUGUCACAGGUAAUGUGUAUUGUAAUGCAUUAUUUUCUCAAAGCGUGAUCUGCUUGACUAGUACACUUCACUUUCCUUUCAAUGACCCAUUCAUUUUUGCGAAGAGUUGAAAUUUCUUUUCUGGAAGGUGAAUUUGCUUAACUUUUGAUUAAGGACAUUCAAGUCACAGAUCACUUGGAAUUAUUUGUCUGCAGUACUGAUGGUCAACCAUGUGAUUUUUAUCUUUGCUGAAGAGUUUAGAUUAGUUACUUUAGCCAUUUCACUUAAAGCAUUUAAAGAUUGCAUUGACUGAUGCCAGCAGAGUUGUUAAUAAUGAAUGAUUGAAGAAACACCCAGUGCUUUACACCACGUUGAAACAAUGGAAUCAAAAACUCAUUUUCCUGUUUGUUGCUCCUAAUUGUUGACCGCCCGUUUGUUGUGCAAAUACAUUAAUGGGAUAACUGGUAUUUCUCGGGCAAGGGUCAAUGAGGUGCCUUGGGUGCCCAGUUUCAGUUACGUGAUUGCUCAUUUCAGUAAUGCUAGCCAUACAAUAUUCAGAGCUGCAAUACCUCCUGUGAUUGCUACAUUUCUGAGGGACUCUGCUAGACUUGAGAAAAAAAGUAUGACAACAUAUGUAGACUUAAUUAUGGUUUGUCGGUGAUCCAAAUCUUUUCUCUUGUUUUGCUUGGGAUUACAGAUUGCAUUUGCAUUCAUAUACACACUAACGUUACAUGCGUUGCUCCUUUUUUAUUUUGGAAUACAUAUUGUGUUUCUUGGAAUUAAAUUCAUUUAUUCACUGGCACCCAUUUAAUCUAAAUUGACCUGAGGUGAAUUCAUGUUGAGCUGAAUCAUUGUGGGGGCAUCAGUGACUUCUUGAGUUCUGUGGAAUGGAAAACUGAUAGCCCUUAAACUGAAUCUGUAGUAAGUCUGUUAAAAGCUAUUGGUUAUUGUUCUGAGUUAUAAACUGUGUCAUAUCAUCUCUUAUCUCAAAUUGUUGCAGAACUCUAUUUGAGAAUCUGCUCAGGGUCACUUUGUAUCGUGAUCCAGAACAAAUGACACCCUUCUUGAACUGAUUGGUUACACUUAUAGCUUGAACAUUUCAAGCUGCUUAAGCUUUUUCUAGGGUAUAAGAUUAAAUUUAGCUUAAUGUUUCAGCUUCAUGUGCUUUGUUUUAAUUUGCUAAGAAAACCAAAUUUCUCUUUCAAGUGUUGAUACUGAAUGUGUUGCAGAUCAAACUCUGUGGCCAAAGCAUUCUAAAAUUGAAGAUUUGUAAAGACAAUUUGUAUAUUCAGUAUGUACUGUUAUGUUUUAUUUAAAUAGCACAUAACAGACUCUUCACAUUACAUGGUAAUUUCAUAAGGAGAAAAUGUGAUUGCCUUCUUCAACUCCUCUCCCUCGCAUCCAAGUAUGACAUUGUGUGCAGAAACAUGCCUUGAAUCUCCUUAUAUAUUGGACUGCACUUCGUUACUGGGUAAAACACUUCAGUGUCUGUUACUCUGAAUUAAUGUUUUAUCCUAUGAUAUAUUUGAAAAAUUCUUUCUAAUUAAAUUGUGUCUUCUUGUCACUUUGUAAACAUCAUAAAAUUAUUUUAUUUUCUAAUUUCAUUUCUAAAUACAGUUAUUUUGUUCUGCCUUGUUUAAACCCACCAAUUACAGUUAGCUGACUUUUGAAUUAUUUUGUAAAUAUACCAGAAGAGUAGGCUUAAAAUGCAUUAAAUGUGUAGUGUCAUUUCUCAAACCUGUACAUAAUGUUCAUUUGGCAGUAUUGUUCUAGGUCAGUUAGUGGAACGUAUUGAAUGCAUCUCCCCUCCUGCCCCUUCAAAAUCAUCCUUCUCCUCUACUCAAUAGAGUGAGUUGUUUCCAUUCUGAAAUAUAUUUCCCUGCAGGUUGUAAAUUAAUGUAAAUAUGCUGUCUUUGUUCUGUUUUGGUCAAUAUGUAUAGAAUUGUUCUGCUUUCGUGCUACAGAUGGUGUGCAGUAUUUAAAGCUGCAUCAGUGUGCGUGUCCAGUCUGUGAUGAUUCUCUUGUGUAUUUCAGGCAGAAUGUUGUCCAAGAGAAAUGGCCAGAGUUCAUUUUAUCAAGUCAGUCCUGAAUGCCAUAAUCUUGAAAUUUGUACCCCACUCACCCACAAGUUGCAGGGUAGCCUGACCUGAUUUGCUGACUUCUGCAGGAGUGUUUUCAUUUGCACACCAUAUUUCCUCGAGUGGAUUGUGAUGAUGUAACACUAAUGGUAGUCUCUGGGCUUGCAACAACUUAGACCCAGCAACUUAAUCCUUUGUUAGUUAUCUUGAGCAGUAUUCUUCUUAAGUGUGCACGUACAUGGGCAUCUUUGUAGAUUAAUGCUUCUUUUCAUCUACAACUUUCCCCAAAUUUAAAGUACACAGCAAUUUCAAACAAAAAUAUUAGCCCUGCUGCACUUCAGAGAAUAGCUUUAUCAGUCGGGGUGGCAAGGCGUCUUUGAGGGUGAAAGGGUGAGUCCUCAGUUUCAUGCAGUAGAACUUAAAGAUGUGUCAGUUGGCAGCCAAUGAUCUGAUGAACUUACUUGAACCUGUAAUGCCUUUUCAUUUCUCACUGUCCCUUGUUGCAUCCUUUAUUCAAUCCUAAAUUCCUAAUGUGUACUUAAAACAAUAUCCUUUUCUAUUUUUCUUAACUCCCUUCAGAAAAAUAAGUCAGCAAGCUAAUCUGGAACUUGUACAUUGUCUGCCAUGAGCUCAAGCUCUCAAGCUUGCUUCUCACCUGAUUCCUGACUCUGGAACACCGCGUGCACACAAUGUUAUGUUAAUUGCUAUUGUAGGCUGCUGGUUAAAGAUGCAGAUUGCCUUAUUUCUGUGAUUUUGUAAACCACUGUGCUUUCCAUAUCUGUAUUUAUAAGAAAAUGAUUUCUAGUUAUAUUGACACCCUUUGGCUGAUUUUAAACAUAAUUUUUCAAUAAAAACUGUUUCUU